CAGACCCUUACUCUAUCACUGGCGUUACAUUUCAGAAGAAUAGCCGCACCGCGCGCUGUUAUCAAACCCAGACAAGGCCCGGCGACGAAAGAAUGGCAUGUAAUCAACUCUCAUACUUGUUUAAUUUUUUAUAUUCUUUUUAGGGCUGGAGGAUUGUUGACGGAUGUAAUUACAUGGUGAGAUUAAAGGUGGGAAUGCUUCAACAAGUCAUGAAAAAUAGUGUGCCCAGUGCCUAAGAGUUAAGGAUGAUGAAAUCCUGAAACGUGUAGAUUCUAUUUACAAGGCCGCACGAAGAAGCUCCCAGCACCAAUGCUGGUUGGGAAGUCUCAGGGAACGAUGGUCUGUCAUUCUUUUGAGAAACCGCAAAGGCAGCUUGCACCCGAGUCAUUACUCGGAAAGGCAUAAAAGAAGUAAGAUGACGGGACGCUACUCUGCCGAGAAUGUGGGAUGCACAUUUACUGAGGAGUAUUACCACGUACUACAUCAGCGGCCCGAAGAUACACACCAGUUCUAUAUGGAUUCAAGUGUUGCUGACUGGGAAGGAAAAGAUGGUGCUGUGCAUUCAGUAACAACAAUCAAAAGAAUAAACGAUAUGAUCUUGUCUUCGGAUUACAAGGAUUCUGACAUAGAAGUGAAGAGUUUUUAUGCCCAAAACUCUUUCAAAGGAAGUAUUCUUCUGGUGGUUACUGGAAACUUUACAGGAAAAGAUGACUUGACAAGAACAUUUAGCCAUACUUUCCAUCUUGCAAGAAAAGAGACACGCAUUUUUGUCUUGAGUGAUAUUCUACGGUUUCUUGAUACACAUCCAUCAACCUGUGAAACUGAAAAUGUCUCUGUUCUUAAAGCAUCAGAAGUUCCUUCAUCCAACAAUUCAGUGAAUGGAGAAACAUCCAUGAAUCCUCUUAUGCAAUUUCCUUCGCCGCCUGAUUCUGUAAAAGUGGAUGAAGAUCUCUCUCUGUCAUUGGUUCCUCGCGUUAAAUUGAAUUAUACCUUUGCCUGCAUUGGUUCCUUUUUUAAGCAUUUGGAUGAUUAUAAUGUAAAAUCACGCAUCACUAAUCUCUUAUACCGUUACAAAGUCUGUAACAAACAGCUCACAGUUCCAUUUGAUGACAUCCACGUCCAUUUUGUGCGACCCACUGAUUGGAAGGAAAAUGAUGAAGGGGAAGACAUGUGGAUUUUUGCAGAUGGCUACUUGUAUAUUAGGGAUCAGAGAAUUAUAUGUAAGGAAUUCCAUGUGGGACUCAGGAAUUUCGUGCUAAAGAAACUUAGCACAGCAAAUAAAGUCAGAGUCAUGGAUGCCACCUAUCAAAUUACGCUAACGCUGCCACUUGAAGAAGAUCCUGAUCAAAUGAUGGCCGCCCUUUCAAACACUCUUCAAACUGGCGAUAAUCCUGGUCCAAGUACUCUCAUUUUUAAGGGUUUGCCUCAAUGGUUUGUUCAUCAAUCUACCUCAGUACGCAUCUUUCUUGAGACUAUGGGUGUGGUCAGGCAUUUGGAUGUUGAGGAUGAUGGAAUCUCAGUUGAGUACGAAGAUUUUUACAAAGCAUUAAAUUCGUUAUGCGGAUGUUCUUUGCAACUGGAAAGGGCUGUAGAAGGUCCGUCUCUUAUUGACUAUGUUCUGACAUGGAAGGGUUUGAGGGUUUGUGAUGACGAUGAUCCAACUUUCAUUUGUCCACUCUUGAAGAAAGAAUAUAGACAUCCUGGAUUGCAGUGACAAUUAGUAAAUGGAAAGGAAUUAGAUUCCAUUGGAGAAUAUACUGCUCUGAUUUUGAUGAUGAUGAUGAUCUAUGUUUUUUAAUUAAAUCCAUGCAGGCUUUUAAAUGAAAGUAAAAAAACAUUAGAAUGCUUUGCCAGUCUGAAUUUAUUCGAUUUGAGUGAUUUUUUGGGUGUAGCGAAUCUAAUUAAUGUAAGAUUAGGACAGGGUCUUGAAAGUCCUAAUGAUUGGGGAGAGUUGAACACUUGAACCUUCCACUCAAAAUAUAUUCUUGGACUUGAGAAGAUCUC